AUGUCGAGCCUGGAUAUUGGGGAGCAGAAGGAUAAGAAGGAGGGGGGAGAAGGUAGGCACUAAGGGGUCAAGGCUCUUGGUAGAUAAUACAGCCUGUUACGGUGAUGAAGGAGAUGACUACUGUGUCACAACCAGUUUAUCACGAUGUCCCUCUGGACAAGAAAUUAUGUUAACCUUGCCCGUGCUUGAUGGGUUUGGACUUAAGAGCCCUUAUGACUGAGUGGAAGGAGGGUUUGAGAGAAACAUCAACAACCGUGUGAUAGCUCUUUCCCUGCUGUAACAAAAUGGGGAGCUCUUGCCAUAACCGUCGACAGCCGACAAGGACUGCUUGCGUAAUAAGCUGCAGUCGAGAGCUAAUUACAUGAUACCUGAUACUGUCCAGAUACAAUACGAGGCAUUCUAGCCAGUAUGUUUGGCUGCCCUUCCCUUAUCUACACAACUUUUAUAUGGUCAUUACAGCGAACACAUAAAUUCACUAUUUGUGGACCCAUGUGGGAAUCCAAGCUGUAACUCUGGAGUUAUGAACAACAUGCUCCAACCAAUUGAGCCAUCACAUCUACUGUGUAUCAGACCUGCAUGUAGCAGCAUUCACUGCAUCUCUACUAUGUUGCGGCUGCUAUGGACUGUUGUUACGGCUAUGAAGGUCAUUAGUUUAAUUAAACAAAUGGCUGGAGGGCCAUUUCCUUCAUAGACCAACAAUAACACCACUGUCCAGCUCAAUCAAAAUGGCAGAACUAUUGAUCAAUUGAUUGAAAUACCAGUGCCAACAUUAAAAGGUCAGUGCCGACACGUAUUUUGCCAGUCCCUAGGACAUGGGCCAGGCCUCUGUCAACUCCAUGUCCGUCAACACCGACGCUGAUCAACUCCGUGUCCACUUUACCACGUUCAAUAGUGCACUGGUCAGCUCCGUAACCCAUGUAUCACAGUCCACAUAGGACACAUUCAGGCCGCGUCAGGGACUAUUUCAUCACAUCCGUAGCCAACUGAUAAAACAUCAGUUUCGUCUCAUAGUGCAAAGUGACUUGUGGUGGUGAGUGACACUUCUCUGCCCUUCCACAACCCCAGUCAUUCCUGGGCCCUAGAAAGCUCAGAUUCUGCCAUCAUGAAAAUCUGCCAUUAGUGACACAGAUCUGCUUUAUUUGAGCAGAAGCCUAUUUCACACAGGGCCUGGUCUGUGUCGUGUGCCUUGGCCUCAUUCUGUGCCUGCAGCCUCUGUAGAGGAAAACAUUCAUAUUUAAUCAGGCAGCCAUUUACAGCAGCCUGCCUCGCUCACAGUGACAGGAAGUCAGGGUCGAGAGGAAGGGGAGCGGACUCCCCAGGGUCUUUAAAACUGCCCGACUGCCGCCCCACUAGGUCAGAUGGGCCUCAGUACUAUGUUUUUGUCCUGUAUCUCUACAUGGCAACCUGGUACGGAUCACUAUCUGUUCUACAAAACCGGUCAGACUUGAUCAAAACUCCCAUACCCAGAACUCCCAAACCCAGGAGUACUAGUCACUGCUCUUCCAAUUUUGCCAGCUGCAUGGCCCUCUCUAAUGGCUUAGUUGGUUCGAACAAAGUUAGAGAGAAUGGGAUAUUAAGCACUUACAAAUUGGUAACAUAUUGUAUGAAGAAUGCACUUACAAAUUUGAAACAUGUCAUACGAAUUGCCUCACAGGUCCUCAACUGGCAGCUUCAUUAUAUAGUACCCACAAAACACUAGUCUCAACGUCAACAGUGAAGAGGCGACUCCGGGAUGCUGACCUUGCAAAGAAAUAUCUCAGACUGGCCAAUAAAAAGAAAAGAUUAAGAUGGGCAAAAUAACACAGACACUGGACUUUUUCUUUGCAACUCUGCCUAGGUCAGCAUCCCGGAGUCGCCUCUUCACUGUUGACGUUGAGAAUGGUGUUUUGCGGGUCCUAUUUCAUGAAGCUGCCAGUUGAGGACCUGUGAGGCGUCUGUUUCUCAAACUAGACACUCUAACGUAUUUGUUCUCUUGCUCAGUUGUGCACCGGGGCCUCUUUAUAUUCUGGUUAGAGCCAGUGUGUGCUGUUCUGUGAAGGGAGUAGUACACAGCGUUGUACGAGAUCUUCAGUUUCUUGGCAAUUUCUCGCAUGGAAUAGCCUUCAUUUCUCAGAACAAGAAUAGACUGACGAGUUUCAGAAGAAAAUUAUUUGUUUCUGGCCAUUUUGAGCCUGUAAUCGAACCCACAAUUGCUGAUGCUCCAGAUACUCAACUAGUCUCAAGAAGGCCAGUUUUAUUGCUUCUUUAAUCAGCACAACAGUUUUCAGCUGUGCUAACAUAAUUGCAAAAAGGGUUUUCUAAUGAUCAAUUAGCCUUUUAAAAUGAUAUAAACUUGGAUUAGCAAACACAACGUGCCAUUUGAACACAGGACUGAUGGUUGCUGAUAAUGGGCCUCUGUACACCUAUGUCGAUAUUCCAUAAAGAAUCAGCCAUUUCCAGCUACAAUAGCCAUUUACAACAUUAACAAUGUCUACACUGUAUUUCUGAUCAAUUUGAUGUUAUUUUAAUGGCCAAAAAACAAGGAUAUUUCUAAGUGGCCCCAAACUUUGUGUGUGUGUAUAUAUAUAUAUAUAUAUUUAGUACUGGUCAAAAGUUUAGACACACCUACUCAUUCCAGGGUUUUUCUUUACUUUUACUAUUUUCUAAAUUGUAGAAUAAUAGUGAAGACAUCAAAACUAUGAAAUAACACAUAUGGAAUCAUGUAGUAACCAUGAGAUUCUUCAAAGUAGCCACCCUUUACCUUGAUGACAGCUUUGCACACUCUUGGCAUUCUCUCAACCAGCUUCACGAGGUAGUCACAUGGAAUGCAUUUAAUUUAACAGGUGUGCUUUGUUAAAAGUUAAUUUAUGGAAUUUCUUUCCUUCUUAAUGCGUUUGAGCCAAUCAGUUGUGUUGUGAGAAGGUAGAGGUGGUAUGCAGAAGAUAGCCCUAUUUGGUAAAAGACCAAGUCCAUAUUAUGGCAAGAACAGCUCAAAUAAGCCAAGAGAAACAAUUGUCCAUCAUUACUUUAAGACAUGAAGGUCAGUCAAUCCGGAAAUUUCAAGAACUUUGAACGUUUCUUCAAGUGCAGUCGCAAAAACCAUCAAGCACUAUGAUGAAACUAGCUCUCAUGAGGACCGCCACAGGAAAGGAAGACCGAGAGUUACCUCUGCUGCAGAAGAUAAGUUCAUUAGAGUUACCAGCCUCAGAAAUUGCAGCCCAAAUAAAUGCUUCACAGAGUUCAAGUAACAGACACAUCUCAACAUCAACUGUUCAGAGGAGACUGCGUGAAUCAGGCCUUCAUGGUCAAAUUGCUGCAAAGAAACCACUACUAAAGGACUCCAAUAAGAAGAAGAGACCUGAUUGGGCCAAGAAACAUGAGCAACGGCCAUUAGACCGGUGGAAUCUGUCUUUUGGUCUGAUGAGUCCAAAUUUGAAAUUUUUGGUUCCAACCAACAUGUCUUUGUGAGACGCAGAGUAGGUGAACGGAUGAUCUCCGCAUAUGUGGUUCCCACCGUGAAGCAUGGAGGAGGUGUUAUGGUGUGGGGGUGCUUUGCUGGUGACAGUGUCUGUUAUUUAUUUAGAAUUCAAGGCACACUUAACCAGCAUGGCUACCACAGCAUUCUGCAGCGAUACGCCAUCCCAUCUGGUUUCCGCUUAGUGGGACUAUAAUUUGUUUUUCAACAGGACAAUGACCCAACUCACCUCCAGGCUGUGUAAGGGCUAUUUGACCAAGAAGGAGAGUGAUGGAGUGCUGCAUCAGAUGACCUGGCCUCCACAAUCACCCGACCUCAACCCAAUUGAGAUGGUUUGGGAUGAGUUAGACCGCAGAGUGAAGGAAAAGCAGCCAACAAGUGCUCAGCAUAUGUGGGAACUCCUUCAAGACUGUUGGAAAAGCAUUCCUCAUGAAGCUGGUUGAGAGAAUGCCAAGAUUGUUCAAAGCUAUUAUCAAUGCAAAGGGUGGCUAUUUGAAGAAUCUCUAAUAUAAAAUAUAUUUUGAUUUGUUUAACACUUGUUUACUACAUGAUUCCAUAUGUGGUAUUUCAUAGUUUUGAUGUCUUCACUAUUAUUCUACAAUGUAAAAAUAGUAAAAAAAGAAAAACCCUUGAAUGAGUAGGUGUGUCCAAAGUUUUGACUGGUAUGUUUUGGAUCGUGAGUGCUACUUUCAUAACUACUUGCAAAAAAAAUGUUAGUCUUUAAGUUGGCAAUUUGAUUCCUGCAGGGACCUAAAAUACUCUAAGUCGCUGGAUUAAAAUAUCAGCUACACACACAUUAUUAUUAUUAUUAUUAUUAUUAUUAUUAUUAUUAUUAUUAGAAUGACUUCUGCCUUUGUGUUAGUUUUUUCCAUUGCCUGGGCCCACAUCUAUAUGGGCUUUGUCGUUGGCAUGUCAUUGCCUAGUCCCACAUCUAUAUGGGCUUUAUCGUUGGCAUAUCAUUUCCUGGUCCCAUAUCUAUAUGGGCUUUAUUGUUGCCAUGUAAUUGUGUACAGUCAGUGGAGCUAUGUAAAGCACAUACAUGUCGAACUAGGCUAGUGUUCCCGGGUAUGACUAGAGAGAUGACAGGUCUGUGUUCUCUCAGUUCUUCCUGGCGUAUCGAUCGGUCCCUCCCUGCUCGCUCGGCACCACAGGCUAAUUCAGGCCCCGGCCAGGCGGGGCUGUGCACCCGUAUGUCCUUGUGCACCUCUGUGGUAGCUUCUCCACUGUCAGCAGAGACGGUUAGCCACCCUCCAUAAAUAACACAGCAUUGAUUAUUUCUCUCCCUCUCUCUCUCUUUAUCAAACUCUGUUAUUUUCUUCUUUCUCUUUAUCACUCUAUUACACUCUUUUCUGCCAUCCUUCUUUCAAUACAUCACCCCCUCUUUCCUUCCUUCCUUGGCUCUCUGCACCUCUCUUGUCAUGCUUUCAAUGUCAUCCCCAUCUAUCGCUGUCUUUCACUCCCUCGACAGGACCCUUUGCCCCUUCAAGGGAACGCUUGAAAUUGCACAAUCACCUAAAUCUCUCGAAUGAGAGCAGGAUGUCUCGAUUCUCUCUCGAUCUCUCGCUCUAUCUCCUCGACUCUUAUACGCUCUCUCUAUCGCUCAUCUCCGAUCUCUCUCUCUAUCUCUCUCUCUCUCUCUCUCAUGUCUCUCUCUCUCUCUCUCUCUAGCUCUCUAGUCUCUCUCUCUCUCUCUCCCUCUCUCCUCUCUCUUUCCUCCCAUGGCAUGCUUAAGCAUGACACUUGCUGAUGGACAUGCCAGGACAGUCAGUCAGUCACAGAUGUGCCGCCACCUGUCGUGGCUGUUGUCACAGUGAUGGGUUUGGUUGACACGGCAACGUGGCCGUCAGUUCCAUCCCUGACAUGCUGAUACAACAAGAGUACUCUACUUAAUUGUACUCUGUAUACUGAACAUGUUUCCCCUACCAUUACAUGAUUUUACAUAGGCAGUCAACCUGCCUACAAAAAUAGCAAACCUUCAGUCCCAGCCCUCUAGGAUGUCUAAAGGGUCUCUCCAAACAAACAUUCAAGAGGAAACACUGACCAUGUUAGGCACUGCUUUCACCUCGGCCUGUUGAACAAACCAGCUAUUAUUAAUCUGGUUGAUAGUGAAUAUGAAUGGUCAAAAGCAAAGUGUCUGAUUUUGUCACUGUUCUUCCUCAGUAAAAAUGGCUUUCUGUUCAUUGUGGCUGUCUAACACUGACUGUUCUGUUCUGUUUGUCUUCUGUGCUGCAGGAAACAGACCCGGACUUCAACCACUGCGCCGUGUGCAUCGAGGGCUACCAGCUCAACGACGUAGUCCGCAUCCUGCCCUGCAAGUGAGUGUGUGUGUUUGGGGGGGAUGAGUGUGUGGGUGUGUGUGUGUGUGUGUUACCUAUAUACAUCCUAAGAUAGGAGUGUGGGACAGCCUGACACAGCCCUUGUGCCUCUUACACUCCAUCCACUCAUCCUCAAUGUCACACCAUCCACUUACAUCCCCUCCUUCCGCCUCUGACAUACGUUUCUACCCCUCCCUGAAGUUUCUCCUGUCUGUGGUAAUCUCCACACCCAUCCGUCACACGGCGCCCCUCCUUCCCUCCCUCCUCAUCCCCCCAUCAGAUCCGUCUCACACCUUUCCUGCUGCUUUGCUCAGUGGGACGACUGUACUGACGCACAUCAGACUAGACCAGAGACACGCCCCACCACAGUUCAGCCAUAGUUCAUUUGCACAUAUUUAGAUAUAUCACACCACCAAUGUGAAAAGGUAGAAAGUAAAUACUGUAUUUGUGCUGGUGAGGUGACAAUUCAUAAUCCAUAAAAACCUUGAUACAGUAGGAGGUGUCUUUACUACCUGUCAAUCAUCUCUGGUUUGACCAUUUGGAUCUGAUUUAGGAUCAGUUGUAGGACACACAUACAGCAUGUGUUGGUUUAGUGGAUCACUACGCUUUAUAAAGGAAGUGGAAAAUGUAAUGUCAGUCAGUUGACAUUCAAGUUCUUGCCAGGAAAAAGGAGAAAGGGAGAAAGGAAGAUGGAGUUACGGAAAGUAACAGACCAGAGGAGGUAUUGAAAGCGUGACAGGAAAAAAAUAUAACGAGCACAGGAAGGAGGGAAGGCGAGAGAGGUAGAGGAAAGGAGGAGAGAGCGUGACAAAGGUAGAGAGAAAAGAGAGAGUUGUGCUCUAGCUAAAUGGAGUCUGGUCUGUUUUGGAAAUGCAGACACUAUCAAGGCUGUCUCGUCUCGCUGCACACUGUGAGUCGUAACCCCUGCCAGGUAGCUCCGGCUAUAUUUAGAUCCAGUGCUGCCAAAUGACCUGCACACACACACUUCAGCUUCCUCCGACACACACUCUCAAACACACACACACACACACACACACACACACACACAUAUACAUAUAUAUAUAUAUAUGCUUAUGUGCCUAAGUGUGUGCGCACACAUUGCGGAGUGUGUGUGUAUAUGUAUGUAUAUAUAUGUAUGUAUGUAUGUGUGUGUAUAUAUAUAUAUAUAUAUAUAUAUAUAUAUAUAUAUAUAUAUAUAUACACACACAUACAUAAUGCUUUGGGUGUGUAAACCUACCAUUAAAAUUAUAGACGGAUCAUUUCUUUGUCAGUGGGCAAUCGUAUAAAAUCAGCAGGGGAUCAAAUACUUUUUCCCCUCACUGUAUGUAUGUGUGUGUAUAUAUAUAUAUAUAUAUAUAUAUAUAUAUAUAUAUAUACACACACAUACAUACAGUGAGGGGAAAAAGUAUUUGAUCCCCUGCUGAUUUUAUACGAUUGCCCACUGACAAAGAAAUGAUCCGUCUAUAAUUUUAAUGGUAGGUUUAUUUUAACAGUGAGAGACCAUUAUUUGAACAAAAAAUCCAGAAAAAGGCAUGUCAAAAAUGUUAUAAAUUCAUUUGUAUUUUAAUGAGGGAAAUAAGUAUUUGACCCCCUCUCAAUCAGAAAGAUGUCUGGCUCCCAGGUGUCUUUUAUACAGGUAACGAGCUGAGAUUAGCACACUCUUAAAGGGAGUGCUCCUAAUUUUACAUUUACAUUUACGUCAUUUAGCAGACGCUCUUAUCCAGAGCGACUUACAAAUUGGUGCAUUCACCAUUUUUUUUUGUGGGGGGGGGGGUAGAAGGAUUACUUUAUCCUAUCCCAGGUAUUCCUUAAAGAGGUGGGGUUUCAAAUGUCUCCGGAAGGUGGUGAGUGACUCCGCUGUCCUGGCGUCGUGAGGGAGCUUGUUCCACCAUUGGGGUGCCAGAGCAGCGAACAGUUUUGACUGGGCUGAGCGGGAACUAUGCUUCCGCAGAGGAAGGGGAGCCAGCAGGCCAGAGGUGGAUGAACGCAAUGCCCUCGUUUGGGUGUAGGGACUGAUCAGAGCCUGAAGGUACGGAGGUGCCGUUCCCCUCACAGCUCCAUAGGCAAGCACCAUGGUCUUGUAACAGAUGCGAGCUUCAACUGGAAGCCAGUGGAGUGUGCGGAGGAGCGGGGUGACGUGAGAGAACUUGGGAAGAUUGAACACCAGACGGGCUGCGGCAUUCUGGAUGAGUUGUAGGGGUUUAAUGGCACAGGCAGGGAGCCCAGCCAACAGCGAGUUGCAGUAAUCCAGACGGGAGAUGACAAGUGCCUGGAUUAGGACCUGUGCCGCUUCCUGUGUAAGGCAGGGUCGUACUCUCCGAAUGUUGUAGAGCAUGAACCUACAGGAUCGGGUCACCGCCUUGAUGUUAGCGGAGAACGACAGGGUGUUGUCCAGGGUCACGCCAAGGCUCUUCGCACUCUGGGAGGAGGACACAACAGAGUUGUCAACCGUGAUGGCGAGAUCAUGGAACGGGCAGUCCUUCCCCGGGAGGAAGAGCAGCUCCGUCUUGCCAAGGUUCAGCUUGAGGUGGUGAUCCGUCAUCCAUACUGAUAUGUCUGCCAGACAUGCAGAGAUGCGAUUCGCCACCUAAUCUCAGUUUGUUACCUGUAUAAAAGACACCUGUCCACAGAAGCAAUCAAUCAAUCAGAUUCCAAACUCUCCACCAUGGCCAAGACCAAAGAGCUCUCCAAGGAUGUCAGGGACAAGAUUGUAGACGUACACAAUGGGCUAUGGGCUACAAGAUCAUCGCCAAGCAGCUUGGUGAGAAGGUGACAACAGUUGGUGCUAUUAUUCGCAAAUGGAAGAAACACAAAAUAACUGUCAAUCUCCCUCAGCCUGGGGCUCCAUGCAAGAUCUCACCUCGUGGAGUUGCAAUGAUCAUGAGAACGGUGAGGAAUCAGCCCAGAACUACACUGGAGGAUCUUGUCAAUGAUCUCAAGGCAGCUGGGACCAUAGUCACCAAGAAAACAAUUGGUAACACACUAUGCCGUUAAGGACUGAAAUCCUGCAGAGCCCGCAAGGUCCCCCUGCUCAAGAAAGCACAUAUACAGGCCCGUCUGAAGUUUGCCAAUGAACAUCUGAAUGAUUCAGAGGAGAACUGGGUGAAAGUGUUGUGGGCAGAUGAGACCAAAAUCGAGCUCUUUGGCAUCAACUCAACUCGCCGUGUUUGGAGGAGGAGGAAUGCUGCCUAUGACCCAAAGAACACCAUCCCCACCGUCAAACAUGGAGGUGGAAACAUAAUGCUUUGGGUGUGUUUUUCUGCGAAGGGGACAGGACAACUUCACCGCAUCAAAGGGACGAUGGACGGGGCCAUGUACCGUCAAAUCUUGGGUGAGAACCUCCUUCCCUCAGCCAGGGCAUUGAAAAUGGAUCGUGGAUGGGUAUUCCAGCAUGACAAUGACCCAAAACACACGGCCAAGGCAACAAUGGAGUGGCUCAAGAAGAAGCAUAUUAAGGUCCUGGAGUGGCCUAGCCAGUCUCCAGACCUUAAUCCCAUAGAAAAUCUGUGGAGGGAGCUGAAGGUUUGAGUUGCCAAACGUCAGCCUCGAAACCUUAAUGACUUGGAGAAGAUCAGCAAAGAGGAGUGGAACAAAAUCCCUCCUGAGAUGUGUGCAAACCUGGUGGCCAACUACAAGAAACGUCUGACCUCUUUGAUUGCCAACAAGGGUUUUGCCACCAAGUACUAAGUCAUGUUUUGCAGAGGGGUCAAAUACUUAUUUCCCUCAUUAAAAUGCAAAUCAAUAUAUAACAUUUUUUACAUGCGUUUUUCUUGAUUUUUUGUUGUUGUUAUUCUGUCUCUCACUAUUCAAAUAAACCUACCAUUAAAAUUAUAGACUGAUCAUGUCUUUGUCAGUGGGCAAACGUACAAAAUCAGCAGGGGAUCAAAUACUUUUUUCCCUCACACUUAGGCACAUAAGCAUGCAGCAGUUUUUAUUUAUUUUUAUUUAUUUCACCUUUAUUUAACCAGGUAAGCCAGUUGAGAACAAGUUCUCAUUUACAACUGCGACCUGGCCAAGAUCAAGCAAAGCAGUGCGAUAAAAACAACAACACAGAGUUACAUAUGGGGUAAAACAAAACAAAGUCAAAAAUACAACAGAAAUAAAUAUAUAUAUAUAUACAGUGUGUGCAAAUGUAGCAAGUUAUGGAGGUAAGGCAAUAAAUAGGCUAUAGUGCAAAAUAAUUACAAUUAGUAUUAACACUGGAAUGAUAGAUGUGCAAGAGAUGAUGUGCAAAUAGAGAUACUGGGGUACAAAUGAGCAAAAUAAAUAACAAUAUAGGGAUGAGGUAGUUGGGCGGGCUAAUUUCAGAUGGGCUGUGUACAGGUGCAGUGAUCGGUAAGGUGCUCUGACAACUGAUGCUUAAAGUUAGUGAGGGAGAUAAGUGUCUCCAGCUUCAGAGAUUUUUGCAAUUUGUUCCAGUCAUUGGCAGCAGAGAACUGGAAGGAAUGGCGGCCAAAGGAGGUGUUGGCUUUGGGGAUGACUAGUGAGAUAUACCUGCUGGAGCGCAGAAUACGGGUGGGUGUUGCUAUGGUGACCAAUGAGCUAAGAUAAGGCGGGGAUUUGCCUAGCAGUGAUUUAUAGAUGGCCUGGAGCCAGUGGGUUUGGCGACGAAUAUGUAGUGAGGACCAGCCAACAAGAGCGUACAGGUCACAGUGGUGGGUAGUAUAUGGGGCUUUGGAGACAAAACGGAUGGCACUGUGAUAGACUACAUCCAAUUUGCUGAGUAGAGUGUUGGAGGCUAUUUUGUAAAUGACAUCGCCGAAGUCAAGGAUCGGUAGGAUAGUCAGUUUUACGAGGGCAUGUUUGGCAGCAUGAGUGAAGGAGGCUUUGUUGCGAAAUAGGAAACCGAUUCUAGAUUUAACUUUGGAUUGGAGAUUCUUAAUGUGAGUCUGGAAGGAGAGUUUACAGUCUAACCAGACACCUAGGUAUUUGUAGUUGUCCACAUACUCUAGGUCAGACCCGUCGAGAGUAGUGAUUCUAGUCAGGUGGGCGGGUGCAAGCAGCGUUCGGUUGAAGAGCAUGCAUUUAGUUUUACUAGUGUUUAAGAGCAGUUGGAGGCUACUGAAGGAGUGUUGUAUGGCAUUGAAGCUCGUUUGGAGGUUUGUUAACACAGUGUCCAAUGAAGGGCCAGAUGUAUACAAAAUGGUGUCGUCUGCGUAGAGGUGGAUCUGAGAGUCACCAGCAGCAAGAGCGACGUCAUUGAUAUACACAGAGAAAAGAGUCGGCCCAAGAAUUGAACCCUGUGGCACCCCCAUAGAGACUGCCAUAGGUCCAGUGGGCACACACAAGCUUUCUCUCUUUUUCUGUCUCACACACUCACACACACACACACACACACCACUGCGCCCUUGUCCGGCAGUCUUGUUCUUGGACACAAUCUGCCGUGUCCUCUAUGGCCUUGUGGAUGGAAGUAAGAAGCUGGACUAAGGGCAGGACACUGUUGAGGUCAUCCCAAGGUGUCCUCCUGAAGACAUGUCAAUCAUUCUGUCAAAAAAAUGUCAGAACAGCCAGAGAGUACUCCUCUACUUGCCUCCUUUCCUUCAUCUGCACUUAUGUGAAAGAACUGGAAAGCUGAUUCCUAGUAGACAUCCGACCACAUUGCUUUUUCCUAUCCUGCAACUGCAGAUCAGUCCAGAUGAAGGAGAGAAGAUGAUUGUUCCUAGACUUUGGAGAUGCACUGCUGGUCUUUAGUUUAUUUAUUUUUUAUUUUUAUUUUUUAGUUUCAGCCAGAUCAGCGGUCUAAUCUCUGUGUAGUCGCAUUGGGGCUGUGUUUAUGGGGUUACGACUUACUAGCUCUGCUAAUAGCUACUUUAUUGAGGAAAAAUGUACUUACUAUGAUAAUGGCGCCGGAGGAGAUGGCUGCUGUUUUACGGGCUCCUAACCAAUUGUGCUAUUGUGUGUGUUUUUUUGCGUUAUUUGUAACUUAUUUUGUACAUCAUGUUUCUGCCACCAUCUCUUAUGACCGAAAAUAACUUCUGGAUAUCAGGACAGCGAUUACUCACCGCGUACUGGACGAAUAUUUUUUCUUUAACGAGCUGGACUCAAAUUAUUUUCUUCAGACACCCGACAAGGCCCAAAUCCCUGUCAUUCGCAUGAGAAAGAGACAGAGAUAUAUCGGGGACGUAGGUCGGGGUGCCUUGUACGGAUCCGACUGCAAGUAGAUCAUCUGCCUCUACCAUCAGUCGUAUUAGCCAACGUACAAUCAUUGGAUAACAAAAUACACUAACUACGAUCACGGAUAUCCUGCCAACGGGACAUUAAAAACGGUAAAAUCUUAUGUUUCACGAGUUAAUGGCUAAACGACAGCAUGGACAACAUACAGCUGGCGGGAUAUACGCUGCAUCGGCAAGAUAGAACAGCUGCCUCCGGUAAGAUAAGGGGUGGCGGUCUGUGUAUAUUUGUAAACAACAGCUGGUGCACAAAAUCUAAUAUUAAGGAAGUCUAUAGGUUUUGCUCGCCUGAGGUAGAGUAUCUCAUGAUAAGCUGUAGACCACACUAUUUACCAAGAGUUUUCAUCUAUAUUUUUCGUAGCUGUCUAUUUACCACCACAAAUCGAUGCUGGCACUAAGACCGCACUCAAUGAGCUGUAUAAGCAAACAGGAAAACGCUCAUCCAGAGGCGGCGCUCCUAGUGGCCGGGGACUUUAAUGCAGGGAACUUAAAUCCGUCUUACCUAAUUUCUGCCAGCAUGUUAAAUGUGCAAACAGAGGGAAAAAACUCUAGGCCACCUUUACUCCACACACAGAGACGCGUACAAAGCUCUCCCUCGCCCUCCAUUUGGCAAAUUCCUGCUUACAAGCAAAAACUAAAGCAGGAAGCUACAGUGACUCAGUCAAUAAAUAAGUGGUCAGAUAUGCAGAUGCUAAGCUACAGGACUGUUUUGCUAGCACAGACUUGAAUAUGUUCUGGGAUUCUUCCGAUGGCAUUGAGGAGUACACCACAUCAGUCACUGGCUUCAUCAAUAAGUGCAUCGAUGACGUCGUCCCCACAGUGACCAUACGUACACACCCCAAUCAGAAGCCAUGGAUUACAGGCAACAUCCGCACUGAGCUCAAGGAGCGGGACUCUAACCCGGACACUUAUAAGAAAUCCCGCUAUGCCUUCCGACGAACCAUCAAACAGGAAAAGCGUCAAUACAGGACUAAGAUUGAAUCGUACUACACAUGCUCCGAUGCUCGUCGGAUGUGGAAGGGCUUGCAAACUAUUACAAACUACAAAGGGAAGCACAGCAUCGAGCUGUCCAGUGACAUGAGCCUACCAGACAAACUAAAUUACUUCUACGCUCGCUUCGAGGCAAACAACACUGAAGCAUGCAUGAGAGCAUCAGCUGUUCCGGACGACUGUGUGAUCACGCUCUCCGUAGCCAAUGUGAGUAAGACCUUUUAAACAGGUCAACAUUCACCAGGACGUGUACUCUGAGCAUGCGCUGAUCAACUGGCAAGUGUCUUCACUGACAUUUUCAACAUGUCCCUGACUGAGUCUGUAAUACCAACAUGUUUCAAGCAGACCACCAUAGUCCCUUGGCCAAGAACUCUAAGGUAACCUGCCUAAAUGACUUGUAGCCAUGAAGUGCUUUGAAAGGCUGGUCAUGGCUCACAUCAACACCAUUAUCCCAGAAACCCUAGACCCACUCCAAUUUGCAUACAGCCCCAACAGAUCCACAGAUGAUGCAAUCUCUGUUGCAUUCCACACUGCCCUUUCCCACCUGGACAAAAGGAACACCUACAGUUGAAGUCGGAAGUUUACAUACACCUUAGCCAAAUACAAAGUUUUUCACAAUUCCUGACAUUUAAUCCUAGUAAAAAUUCCCUGUCUUAGGUCAGUUAGGAUCACCACUUUAUUUUAAGAAUUUGAAAUAAUUGUAGAGAGAAUUAUUUCUUUCAGCUUUUAUUUCUUUCAUCACAUUCCCAGUGGGUAAGAAGUUUACAUACACUCAAUUAGUAUUUGGUAGCAUUGCCUUUAAAUUGCUUAACUUGGGUCAAACAUUUCGGGUAGCCUUCCACAAGCUUCCCAUAAUAAGUUGGGUGAAUUUUGGCCCAUUCCUCCUGACAGAGCUGGUGUAACGGAGUCAGGUUUGUAGGCCUCCUUGCUCGCACACGCUUUUUCAGUUCUGCCCACACAUUUUCUAUAGGUUGAGGUCAGGGCUUUGUGAUGGCCACUCCAAUACCUUGACUUUGUUGUCCUUAAGCCAUUUUGCCACAACUGUGGAAGUAUGCUUGGGGUCAUUGUCCAUUUGGAAGACCCAUUUGCAACCAAGCUUUAACUUCCUGACUGAUGUCUUGAGAUGUUGCUUCAAUAUAUCCACAUCAUUUUCCUUCCUCAUGAUGCCAUGUAUUUUCUGAAGUGCACCAGACCCUCCUGCAGCAAAGCACCCCCACAGCAUGAUGCUGCCACCCCCGUGCUUCACGGUUGGGAUGGUGUUCUUCUGCUUGCAAGCAGCCCCCUUUUUCCUCCAAACAUAACGAUGGUCAUUAUGGCCAAACAGUUCUAUUUUGUUUCAUCAGAUCAGAGGACAUUUCUCCAAAAAGUACGCUCUUUGUCCCCAUGUGCAGUUGCAAAUCGUAGUCUGCCUUUUUUAUGGCGGUUUUGGAGCAGUGGCUUCAUCCUUGCUGAGCGGCCUUUCAGGUUAUGUCGAUAUAGGACUCGUUUUACUGUGGAUAUAGAUACUUUUGUACCUGUUUCCUCCAGCAUCUUCACAAGGUCCUUUGCUGUUGUUCUGGGAUUGAUUUGCACUUUUCGCACCAAAGUAUGUUCAUCUCUAGGAGACAGAACGAGUCUCCUUCCUGAGCGGUAUGACAGCUGUGUGGUCCCAUGGUGUUUAUACUUCCGUACUAUUGUUUGUACAGAUGAACGUGGUAACUUCAGGCAUUUGGAAAUUGCUCCCAAGGUUGAACUAGACUUGUGGAAGUCUACAAUUCUUUUUCUGAGGUCUUGGCUUAUUUCUUUUGAUUUUCCCAUGAUGUCAAGCAAAGAGGCACUGAGUUUGAAGGUAGGCCUUGAAAUACAUCCACAGGUACACCUCCAAUUGACUCAAAUGAUGUCAAUUAGCCUAUCAGAAGCUUCUAAAGCCAUGACAUCAUUUUCUGGAAUUUUCCAAGCUGUUUAAAGGCACAGUCAACUUAGUGUAUGUAAACUUCUGACCCACUGGAAUUGUGAUACAGUGAAUUAUAAGUGAAAUAAUCUGUCUGUAAACAAUUGUUAGAAAAAUGCACAAAGUAGAUGACCUAACCGACUUGCCAAAACUAUAGUUUGUUACCAAGAAAUGUGUGAAGUGGUUGAAAAACAAGUUUUAAUGACUCCAACCUAAGUGUAUGUAAACUUCCAACUUCAACUGUACGUGAGAAUGCUAUUCAUUGACUACAGCUCAGCGUUCAACACCAUAGUGCCCUCAAAGCUCAUCACUAGGCUAAGGACCCUGGGACUAAACACCUCCCUCUGCAACUGGAUCCUGGACAUGAUGGGCCACCUCCAGGUGGUAAGGGUAGGUAACAACACAUCUGCCACGCUGAUCCUCAACACGGGGGCCCCUCAGGGGUGCGUGCUCAGUCCCCUCCUGUACUCCCUGUUCACCCAUGACUGCAUGGCCAGGCACGACUCCAACACCAUCAUUAAGUUUGCCGACGACACAACAGUGGUAGGCCUGAUCACUGACAAUGAUGAGACAGCCUAUCGAGAGGAGGUCAGAGACCUGGCCAUGUGGUGCCAGGAUAACAACCUCUCCCUCAAAAUGAUCAAGACAAAGGAGAUGAUUGUGGACUACAGGAAAAAGAGGACAGAGCACGCCCCCAUUCUCAUCGACGGGGCUGUAGUAGAGCAGGUUGAGAGCUUCAAGUUCCUUGGUGUCCACAUCACCAACAAACUAUCAUGGUCCAAACACAACAAGACAGUCGUGAAGAAGGCACGACAAAGCCUAUUCCCGCUCAGAAGGCUGAAAAGAUUUGGCCAGAUCCUCAAAAAGUUCUACAGCUGCACCAUCGAGAGCAUCCUUACUGGUUGCUUCACUGCCUGGUAUGGCAACUGUUCGGCCUCCGACCGCAAGGCACUACAGAGGGUAGUGCGUACGGCCCAGUACAUCACUGGGGCCAAGCUUCCUGCCAUCCAGGACCUCUAUACCAGGCGGUGUCAGAGGAAGGCUAAAAGAAUUGUCAGACUCCAGCCACCCUAGUCAUAGACUGUUCUCUCUGCUACCGCACGGCAAGCGGUACCGGAGCGCCAAGUCUAUGUCCAAAAGGCUUCUUAACAGCUUCUACCCCCAAGCCAUAAGACUCCUGAACAGCUAAUUUAAAUGGCUACCCAAACUAUUUGCAUUGUCCGUCCGUCCGUCCGCCCCCCCCCCCCCCCCCCCCCCCCCUCUUUUACGCUGCUGCUACUCUCUGUUUAUUAUCUAUGCAUAGUCACUUUAAAUCUACCUACAUGUACAUAUAACCUCAAUUACCUCGACGAACAGGUGCCCCCCCACAUUGACUCUGUACCGUUACCCCCUGUUUAUAGCCUCGCUACUGUUAUUUUACUGCUGCUUAUUUUUUUUUUACUUAACACUUAUUUUUCUUAAAACUGCAUUGUUGGUUAAGGGCUUGUAAGUAAGCAUUUUACGGUAAGGUCUACACCUGUUGUAUUUGGCGCAUGUGACAAAUACAAUUUGAUUUGAUAUGUGGUUGUCCCACCUAGCUAUCUUAAAAUGAAUGCACUACUGUAAGUCGCUCUGAAUAAGAGUGACUGCUAAAUUACUCAAAUAUAAAUGUUUAGUUUGGCCCAACUGACACAAGGACAAUGUACCCACUCCUUCUUCAGUCCAGACCAGACCAGCUCAGUCCAGAUCAGAUAUCAUAAAUGUAAACGCAGUCCAGGACUGAACUGGUCAUCUACCAUUAAUGCUCUCCAUCCAUCCUGCUUAUCCAGUCUCUGUCAAAGAGGAGCAAUCAGAGGGGCUGGGAGAAGGGGAAGUGAAGAACAGGUCCUAUGAGGCAGAAAGGGCAAGACUUCACGUACAGUAUGUCCUCAUCCUCACAGAAGGUGUGGAUGUGCUGAUAGUCGGCAUGUUUCAAAAUCGCUAGCUAGUGUUAAAGGAAGUUGAACAGUUUGAAAUGUCUGAGCAGGGCUCUCCAGAUGUGGUCCAGUCAGCUCAACACAUCACUUGGGGCACACUGCCUUCCCUCCAGGACAUCUACAGCACCCGGUGUCACAGGAAGGCCAAUAAGAUCAUCAAGGACCUCAGCCACCCGAGCCAUGACCUGUUCACUCCGCUACCAUCUAGAAGGCAGAGACAGUACAUACAGGUGCAUCAAAGCUGGGACCGAGAGACCGAAAAACAGCUUCUAUCUCCAGGCCAUCAGACUGUUAAACAUUCAUCACCAGCCGGCCUCUGCCCAGUACACUGCCCUGAACUUAGUCACUGUUACUAGCCGGCUACCACCCGGUACUCUACCCUGCACCUUAGAGACUGCUACCCUGUGUACAGAGUCAUUGAACACUGGUCACUUUAAUAAUGUUUACAUACUGUUUCACCCACUUCAUAUGUAUAUACUGUAUUCUAGUCAAUGCUCCUCCUAUAUAGCUACAGCUGUACACACCUUUUCUAUUCAUAUAUUGUCCAUAAUGUCUAUACACACCAUCAUAUACAUAUAUAUUUGUAUUCCGAACUCUGACAUUGCUCGUUCUGAUAUUUCUUAAUUUCUUAAUUUUUGUUUGUUUGUUUAUUUGUAUGUGUUGUUUUGUAUUGUUUGGUAUUACUGCACUGUUAAAGCUAGAACAUAAGCGUUUCGCUGCAUCUGUGAUAACUUAAGCAAAAUAUGUGUACGCGAUCAAUAAAAUGAUUUGAUUUGACAUCGUUGCAACUGAUUUUAAACAUGAAGUGUUUUUUUGCCUCAGGCCUCAACCUGCUAUUAUUUAAUUAGGUAAAAGACACACAAUGCAAUGCACGGCAAUCAUCAUCUCACAACUACUGCCUACAUACAGUACCUGUCAAAAGUUUGGAAACACCUACUCAUUCAAGGGUUUUUCUUUAUUUUGACUAUUUUCUACAUUGUAGAAUAAUAGUGAAGACAUCACAACAAUGAAAGAACACAUAUGGAAUCAUGUAGUAACCAAAAAAGUGUUAAACAAAUCAACAUAGAUUUUAGAUUUUUCUAAGUAGCCACCCUUUGCCUUGAUGACAGCUUUGCACUCUCUUGGCAUUCUCUCAACCAGCUUCAUGAGGAAUGCUUUUCCAACAGUCUUGAAGGAGUUCCCACAUAUGCUGAGCACUUGUUGGCUGCUUUUUCUUCACACUGCUGUCCAACUCAUCACAAACCAUCUCAGUUGGGUUGAGGUCGGGUGAUUGUGGAGGCCAGGUCAUCUGAUGCAGCACUCCAUCACUCUCCUUCUUGGUCAAAUAGCCCUUACACAGCCUGGAGGUGUGUUGGGUCAUUGUCCUGUUGAAAAACAAAUGAUAGUCCCACUAUUGCAAACCUGAUGGGAUGGCAUAUCACUGCAGAAUGCUGUGGUAGCCAUGCUGGUUAAGUGUGCCUUGAAUUCUAAAUAAAUCACAGACAGUGUCACCAGCUAAGCACCAUAACACCACCUCCUCCAUGCUUCAUGGUGGGAACCACACAUGCAGAGAUCUUCCGUUCACCUACUCUGCGUCUCACAAAGACACGGCGGUUGGACACGGCGGUUGGAACCAAACAUCACAAAUUUGGACUCAUCAAACCAAAGGACAGAUUUCCACCGGUCUAAUGUCCAUUGCUCGUGUUUCUUGGCCCAAGCAAGUCUCUUCUUCUCAUUGGUGUCCUUUAGUAGUGGUUUCUUUGCAGCAAUUCGACCAUGAAGGCCUGAUUCACGCAGUCUCCUCUGAACAGUUGAUGUUCAGAUGUGUCUGUUACUUGAACUCUGUGAAGCAUUUAUUUUGGCUGCAAACUGAGGUGCAGUUUUAUUUUAUUUUUAUUUUUUUAUUUUUUAUUAUUAUUGGGGGGAUGGAUCAGCUUAAUAUUGAAUAUAGAUUGUAUCUUCUAUCAAUGUAAUUGUCUGCAUCACUUCCAAUCCCCCAUGUUUAUUUUUAUUUUUUAUAUAUAUAUUCCCCUUUAUUACUUUUCAACCCCACCAUCCUUUCCCUACUUGGAGUAAAUUAGUGAACAACAACGCCCAGGCCUCUACUUCCGGUCUAUACUUACUAUCUACACCUUAUGGACAGAGUUAAUUUUACAAUAAUUAUAUAUAUAUAUAUUUAUUUAUUUUUUUGCUCCUGAACUUCUUCUACUCUCAACCUCUCCGAUCAUUUUCAUGAUGUCCAUCCGGUUUGCUUCUAAAUGCCAUAUCUUUCUAACUGUGCUCUUUCCCAAAAGCUCCCAACAUACAACCUAUAUACUUAUUAUGGACACAGUAUGCUUACAUUAUUAGCUAUCUUUGUUAUUAUUUGUUGUUAUUUGUUAUUAGUCCCAUCCUUCAACUCUAUUCAAUACCUCCCAUCUAUCUCUUAACACCAUCCAUAUAGGAUUUCUAUUUGCCAUAUAUAUUUCAACCGUACUGUGAUGUUUUACAAAAGUUCUGAACCUUUCUAUUCUCAUUGCUUCUACAGAUUGUGAAUUAAAAAUAAACAUUUUUGCUAAAAGUAUUAUUAUAUUAUUGAUUGAUUGACUAUGACUUUUCAGAUCACCCAGUAAUGCUAUCUGCAAGGUUAGUUCCAGGUAAAUAUUGCAAUCCUUUAGCCAUUCCUGGACCUGUGUCCAAAAACAAGCUACAAAUGGACAGAACCAAAACAAAUGAUCUAAUGAUUCUAUCUCUUCACAGCAAAAUCUGCAGAGCUGGGAAGAUUGUAUCCCCCAUAUAAAUAACAUUCUAUUGGUAGCAAGAAUUUUAUAUAAUAAUUUAAAUUGAAAGAUUCUAAUUUUUGAAUCCGGUGUCGUUUUGCGUGUCAGUUCAUAAACACUAUGCCAUGGGAUCGGUACGUCAAAGAUCUCUUCCCAACUAUUUUGCAAUCUAUAUGGGACGGCUGUCAAUCCUUUGGUCCUUAAGUGAAACUGAUAUACUUUUUUAUUUAUCACAGUUUUCCUUAACCAAUUAUGUUCUUUAAUGCAAGGCCGACAGACAAGUUCCUUACUUUCUCCCCCUUCAACUUUCCUCUUCCACUUUUGCGGUAAGGCUGCAAUUAUUUGGUUGUAAUUUUGGGUAGAGCAGACAUUUCCAUAUGUUUUUGUUAGCUGCAUGUGCGACAUAACUCCACCAGUCCUACCGAUGAUAUCAUUUACGAAGAUUAUACCUUUUUUAAACAUUCUGUCAAAAAAUAAAGGUUUUUUGUCAAUUAGUAUAUUUGAAUUUAACCACAAUAUUUGUUGCAUUAUUUGUUCUGUCGUUUCUGGAGGAUUAAAUUGAAAUUGCAACCAACUUUCUAUGGCUUGUUUUAGAAAUAGUGACAUUUGGGAGAUUAUUUCCUUUUCAAAUAACUGAAAGAAGUGAGAGGUUGUAAUCUGAAUAAAGGGAAAAAGGCCUUUCUUGAACAGUGGGUGAGACAAUCUUACUAAUUUGCUUGAGAACCAGUUCGGAUUUAAGUAUAACUUUUGGAUGACUGAAGAUUUUAGUGAUAGGUCUAAUGCUUUAAUAUUUAAUAAUUUCUGUCCUCCGAAUUCAUAUUCAUUAUAUAAAUAUGCUCUUUUAAUUUUGUCUGGCUUGCCGUUCCAAAUAAAAUUGAAUAUUUUUUUCUCAUAUAAUUUAAAAAACUGUUUGCUAGGCGUAGGCAAGACCAUAAGCAAAUAGGUAAACUGGGAUAAUACUAAAGAGUUAAUCAGGGUGAUUUUUCCACAAAUUGACAGGUAUUUUCCUUUCCAUGGUAGUAAGAUCUUAUCUAUUUUUGCUAACUUUCUAUUAAAAUUUAUUGAAGUGAGAUCAUUUAUUUCCUUUGGGAUAUGUAUUCCGAGUAUAUCUACAUCACCAUCAGACCAUUUUAUUGGUAAACUACAUGGUAAUGUAAAAAUUGUAUUUUUUAGUGAUCCAAUACGUAAUAUAGUACAUUUGUCAUAAUUUGGUUUUAAUCCAGAGAGGUUAGAAAAUGUAUCUAGAUCCUCUAUGAGGCUGUGGAGGGAUUCUAGUUGUGGAUCUAAAAGAAAACAUGAAUCAUCUGCGUACAAUGACACCUUUGUUUUUAAGCCCUGUAUUUCUAAUCCUCUGAUAUUAUUAUUGGAUCUGAUUUUAAUAGCUAACAUCUCGAUGGCCACAAUAAAUAGAUAUGCCGAUAGUGGACAACCUUGUUUCACUCCUCUUGACAGUUUAAAACUUUCUGAGAAAUAGCCAUUAUUUACUAUUUUACACCUAGGGUUACUAUACAUGAUUUUGACCCAUUUUAUAAGAGAUUCUCCAAAAUUGAAAUGCUCCAGGCAUUUAUAUAUAAAUUCCAGUCAAACUUUAUCAAAUGCCUUUUCGAAGUCUGCUAUGAAUAGCAGGCCUGGUUUCCCAUAUUUUCCAUAGUGUUCUAUUGUUUCCAAUACUUGCCUUAUAUUAUCUCCAAUGUAUCUUCCAUGUAAAAAACCUGUCUGAUUAGAAUGAAUAAUAUCCGACAAUACCUUUUUAAUUCUAUGCGCUAUACAUUUUGCUAGGAUUUUUGCAUCACAACACUGAAGUGUAAGUGGCCUCCAAUUUUGUAAAUGGACUGGAUCUUUAUAUUUUCCACUUGUAUCCUGUUUCAGUAAUAAUGAGAUCAGACCUUCUUCUUGAGUGUCAGAUAAUCUACCAUUUACAUAGGAGUGGUUAAAACAUGCUAAUAACGGUCCUCUUAGUAUAUUAAAAAAGGUUUGGUAUACCUCGAUUGGUAUGCCAUCCAACCCUGGAGUUUUCCCGGACUUAAAGUCUUUAAUUGCAUCCAGAAGUUCCUCCUCUGUAAUUUCACCUUCACAUGAGUCUUUCUGUGUGGCUGUUAAUUUGACAUUAUCAAUAGAAAAAAAAUCUCUACAAUUAGCUUCAGUUAGAGGAGAUGGAGGCGACUGAAAAGAAAACAUAUGCUUAAAAUACUUUGUUUCUUCCUUCAAAAUAUCAUUAGGUGAAUUAUGGGUGACUCCGUCAAUUGUAACCAGUUUCAUUAAGUUCUUUUUGGUAGCAUUCCUAUGUUGAAGAUUAAAAAAGAAUUUUGUGCAUUUUUCCCCAUAUUCCAUCCAGUUUGCUUUAUUUUUAUAAUAUAUUACACUUGAUCUUUCUUGAAUAAGUUUUUCCAUUUCUUUUAGUUUUUCCUCUAAUUUAUUCUGAGCCUCUAUGUUACCGUUUUUAUUGCCAUCUAUCUGUUCUGUUAGACUUUCUAUUUCCUUUCUUAGUAUAAACUCUUUUGACCUAAAUUGCUUUUGUUUUCGAGAUGAGUACUGAAUUGCAUGGCCUCUAAAGGCACAUUUAAAGGUGUCCCAUACAAUAAGGGGAUUCGCUGUACCUAUGUUAUGUUGGAAAAAGUCAGUUAUAAAUUCCUUUGUUCUAAUUAUAAAUAAGUUAUCAUCUAAUAGGCUUUGAUUACAUUUCCAAUAUCCUCGCCCACGUGGAAAUUCAGUCAGAGUAAUGUAUAUGCCUAUUAUAUGAUGGUCCGACCGCAUUCUGUCCCCUAUCAACACUUUUUUUACUUUUGGUGCCAACGAGAAUGAGAUAAGAAAGAAGUCAAGACGACUAGCUUGAUUCAGUCUCCGCCAUGUAUAUCUCACUAGAUCAGCAUAUUUAAGCCUCCAUAUAUCUACUAGUUCUAAUGUAUCCAUGACAUUCACAAUUUCCUUAAGAGCAUGUGGGUGAUUGUUUGUGGUGUGAUUUCCUUUUCGGUCCAUUGAGCUAUUUAAAACAGUAUUAUAAUCCCCCACCAUAAUAAUAUUGUCUUGAGUUGCUUGCAGGCUUGAUAAUUUAUUAUAUAUAUUGUCAAAGAAUUGUGGAUCAUCAUUAUUUGGUCCGUAAAGGUUAAUGAGCCAUAUCUGUUUAUGGUCCAAUACCAUAUUUAAAAUAAUCCAUCUACCUUGCGUAUCUAUUUGGACAAUUUGCACAUUCGGAUCGAAAUUACUAUUAAUUAAUAUCAUCACCCCUUUUGAAUUUCUUUGCCCAUGGGAGAAGUAUAUUUCCCCCCCCCAUUCUUUUUUCCACGCUACUUCAUCUCGAAUUGUUGAAUGAGUUUCUUGUAUACAAUAGAUAUUAUAUUCCUUCUCUUUGAGCCAUGUAAAUAUUGUUCUUCUUUUGUUAUUAUCAGCUAAGCCAUUACAAUUAUAACUGGCUAUACUUAUUUCACCAUACACCAUAAUGAGAUACAAGUUUCAAGUCUAUUUAUCAUUAUAUAUGUUUGUAAAUUUACCAAUAAAAAAUAGCGUAAUGAUUGAGUGUCCAUAUAGCUGUACCGUGAUAUUUGCAUUGCUACGGAGUAACCCUUCAAUUGUUCUCCACUAAUUCCCCCGCUAAAGCCCCUCCCCAUCCCAAGUUGAGCCGUCAUCCCAGUGAUCAGCAUCCCACCCACGUCCCUCCGUAUCCCUAAGGCCCCGAGAGGCCAGGACCCAUCCAUCGAAAACAGCACACAGUGCCACCCACAAAACAGAAGCAGGUUAACCGCCAAAAGCAUUUCCAAUGCUUUCACCUCUAUAUAUAUAUAUCUAUAUAACUAUUAUUAUUUUUUUUAUUAUGCAUAUCCUAUUUUCCAUCAUUAUCAAUUAAUAUGCGUAAUAAUGUCGGCAGUUCACGCAUAGGAUUCUAACAUAUAACCAGGAUUGCCAUUGUAUUACAUUUAAUUCAUUGACAAGCAAUUAUUAUCCUAGCAAAUAAUUCCCGCGGUCCAUCCCAUACCCCCCCCCCCCCCACAACAGAUGCCAGACAAGCACACAUGCACAUACUCACAUACUCCAACACACUCAACCCCCCUCCCCCACAAUCCACCAUAAAAUCCGAUACUCAACGGCUGUUAUAUCCCAGAGCCCAACUCGAGAAAUAACUUGAUCUACGAGUGCACAUACAGUUAAAGCUGAUUGAGAAAGCAUGCAGAUUGAGCAGAAAUUGAUAACAAUGUGAGAUUUGAUUAAUCUACUUAAUCUAUGUCAAGUCCUAGGUGAUGGAGAUCAGAUCCACCCUCUUCACCUGAGACACAAACACUCUGAUCCCCUGUUGUAACCAUUUUCCCAAGCAUCUCCAUGCGGUCAGACCUUUGAUUAUUUUGUGCCACCUGGGCCACAAUGAUAAACCCCCUCUCUGAUUGUCCGAGUGUGACCCCCUCCCCAUGGGUUACUGCAGCCAGUGUUGCCAGCACUGCCACUACCUGGGUGGGCGUACCCCACCGGAAUCCCCACCGGCUAGGUAAAAGGUCGUCAAGGUUCUCAUUAGCAGCUUUGAGAAUUUCCUUGUAUAUUAUGCUCUCCCAUCAGGGGGCUCUGGCUUUGUAGGACCAACCCUGCCAGGCAGGCUCAGAAUCUUGAGGGGGCGGUGCUGCUCAAGUAGGUCUCUGACCGCAUUUAUUUCUCUGUUUAGGCUGCAUAUUCACAGCAGGUCCAUAAAAUAGAUGGGAACUUCUCUUUGGUGUAUGGGUCGCUCAGGUGGGUGUCCAGGUUAUAGGGUUAGGGAUCUUUCCAUCAUGAUAGGACAAUUAAUAAUUAGAUUAGAUGUAUACUAUAUUUAAAAAUGUAUAUCCCUCAUCUACACAAAAUUGAAAGCUCUCUCUCUCACUACCCCUGUUCAUAGACCCCCGGUCGGCUCUGGGAUAUGCAACCAUUUCCCCUCUCACUCACUUAACGCCGCACCUUUUCAAACACAAAAAUGCACACCACAUGGUUGACUGCGGAAGAAAUGGGCAGAGCGUGCAAACGCACCCGCAUCCACAUCUGCUGCAAGGGGGAAAGGACGCCAGAGAGAACACAGGACCAACCACAACAACCAUCCGCCAAAACAACAACCUCCCGCCAAAAAAUCCAUGUUCUAAUUAUUUGUAUAUAAAGAUGUAUUAUUCUGCUUGUUAUAUCGUUUUAUCCAUUUAUAAAAUACUAUACUUACUAUAAAUGUUAUUUAAUAUUACAAUCCCUAUCAUUGCUAGUAUCAGGUGCUCCAAUAUUUGACUCCUCUAUUACAACUUUUAGAAUAGCCAUGGAGUAGUCUUUGUGUCUCUGAACAUUUGGUUGUCAAUAUAUACUUUAUCCACCACUAGUGCAACACGUUUCCCUUUUAAUCUGUUUUCCUUGAAGAUUGGAUACAGAACUUUGCGCCUUUCUACAAUCUCCUUCGGGAACUGAUCAUUCAUGCCUAUUUUCGUGCCAGCAAGUCUUUUUCCCAGGCUUUUCACCAUAGCUUUGUCCUUAAAAAAAGCAAAUUUGGCAACGAUUGGGCGCUCAUAUUUCUGUCCUCUUUUUCCGAAACGAUGUACACGUUCGAGUUGGAUUUUAUCGACAGCCUCGAGUGGGAUUUGUAGCGCUGUAUGCAGGAAGUCCUUCAUAAUAUUCUCUGUUAUUUCUCCCUCCUUUUCCUGAAUACCCGUAAGUACUAGAUUUUCCCUCAUCGAUCUAGUUUGGAUGUCUAGUAAAGCUUCUCUCAGAAGAUUGUUCUCCUUUUUUAAUUCCCUAACGUCCGUUUCCAUUUUAGAGACUGUCACUUUUAUUUCUUUGGUUUCUUUCUCCAUUACCAAAGCUUUUUCGUCACUCAUUUGAAGACUCGCUUUCAACUCUUUUACGUCUUUACUAACCAAUUCUAAUAUGCCCAAUUUGUCAUUUAUCGACUUCAACAGGUCGCUUUCCACACUUACCAUACCCAGUGGUGAAAAGCAUAUAUCAUCUGUAUCUGUCGAUGAGUCGCGUUUCCUUUUGGGGAUCGGCUCUCCACGCUUGUCUUCAGUCAUGUUUGGGUGUUGCUUGUUGUAGUAAUAUUUGUCGAUAUAUUUCUCUAGCCUUAUGAUCUUAUUUCUGUUAUUAUCCAGAUUGAAUUAUAUUAACUGCGAAUAUAUGAAAUGCUAAUAUUUAGUCUAACUUACUGAUUUUGAAUAUUAUGUUUUUAUCUUGAGGUGUUUUGUACCGAUUUCUAUUCAAUACGCCAUCUUGUUUACGCGUGCCCCGCCCUUCGCAGCUGAGCCGUCAACCGUUCCCACUUAUCUUUGUCGACUGCUCUGAACAGUUGAUGUUGAGAUGUGUCUGUUACCUGAACUCUGUGAAGCAUUUAUUUGGGCUGCAAUUUCUGAGGCUGGUAACUCUAAUGAACUUAUCCUCUGCAGCAGAGGUAACUCUGGGUCUUCCUUUCCUGUGGCGGUCCUCAUGAGAGCCGGUUUCAUCAUAGCGCUUGAUGGUUUUUGCGACUGCACUUGAAGAAACUUUCAAAGUUCUUGAAUUGUUAAUGUCUCUUUGCUUAUUUGAGCUGUUCUUGCCAUAAUAUGGACUUGGUCUUUUACCAAAUAGGGCUAUCUUCUGGAUUCCACCCCUACCUUGUCACAACACAACUUAUUGGCUCAAGCGCAUUAAGAAGGAAAGAAAUUCCACAAAUUAACUUUUAACAAGGCACACCUGUUAAUUGGCUAGUGAUGGCUAUUUAACAGUCUGAUGGCCUUAAGAUAGAAGCUGUUUUUCCUCUUAAUGAUCGGAUCCUUUUUUUAAAUGUUCACCUACAAUGACAUACCCAAAUCUAACUGCCUGUAGCUCAGGACCUGAAGCAAGGAUAUGCAUAUUCUUGAUAUAAUUUGAAAGGAAACACUUUGAAGUUUGUGGAAAUGUCAAAUUAAUGUAGGAGAAUAUAACACAUUAGAUCUGGUAAAAGAUAAUACAAACAAAAAACAUGCAUUUUCGAUUAUUAUUUUUUGUUGCAUCAUCUUUGAAAUGCUAGAGAAAGGCCAGACAGUGAUAUAGGAUUCUAGAUUUAAUUUAUGUUGUCCACUAGAUGGCAGCAGUGUGUGUGCAAAGUUUCAGACUGAUUCAGUGAAGAAUUACAUCACUACACAAUAUGUUGUAUCAAGUCUGCCAGGAGUUUUCCCAAAUGUGCCGAAUUGGUUUUCAAGUACAUAACUAUAGAGAACAUACAAAAAAUGCUAUGGUAAUACAACAUUUUAGUUUGCACACUCCCAGGAAUGUCAUACAAGAUGGAUCAUUAGCUUCCCUACAGAAAAGACGCUAACCGUCACAUCUAGAUGGCCGGGCGGGGUGGGUGUGGAUCCAGAGGUCAAACAGUAGAACCCAGUUCCUACAUUCGAAUAUAAAAAUUGAUUUUUCAAACAAAACUACACUACAUUUUAUCUCUGGGCCCCCCCGGUUUACAAAUCAGAUCAAGAUUACUGAAUGUAAGUACAUUAUUUACCUUCAGAGGUGAAUGUACCAAACCAGUUGCCGUGAUAAGUGUUUUGUUGUGCACUAUUUUGGUAUUUUUUUUGCUGUAAUAGCUACUGUAAAUUGGACAAUGCAGUUAGAAUUACAAUAAUUUAAGCUUUCUGCCCAUAUAAGAUAUGUCUAUGUCCCAGAAAGUUGUCUGUUUACAACACCAUUUUAGUCACAUAUCGCAUAUUGAGCAGCAACCAUCCCUUAUAAGGGACACCGAUCCUGUAGAGGUUAACACAUUUUUGGUUAUUACAUGAUUCCAUAUGUGUUAUUUCAUAGUUUUGAUGUCUUCACUAUUAUUCUACAAUGUAGAAAAUAGUAAAAAUAAAGAAAAACCCUAGAAUGAGUAGGUGUGUCCAAACUUUUGACUAGAACUGUAAGUGUCAGAGUUAGGCUACCUAAAGAGCUCAUUUCUGUCUGCAAUCCAAAGGUAGGCUAAUUUGAAGUAACCUGUGCAGUCGACUGGUCAUGUUAGUAGUUCAAAAUGUACCUUUGGUUUGUGCCCUUCAUCAGAUAUGUGUUUUUAGGGCAUACUGCAAUGACACCAAGAUGCACAAAUAUAUUUUCUUGGCAUCCUUGUAGUGUUUGUAGUUUAGUAGAGGAGCCGGAACCUAAGACUUGAUCCUGAUGGCAAACACAUGGAUUAUCCACACAGACUUGGUGGAGAGAGAGAGAAUGAAGAGAGGGAGAGCAAGAACGAAGAAAGAGAGGGAUGACAUGAGGACAAACAAUAGGAAACAAGGGAAAGGCAGAGAGAGAGGAGGAGUGAACAGGGCUGUUUAUGUAGAGUGGAGUUUAUCGGUCCUGAUCACGUGUGUUCAUACUGUAUCUCUCAACACCAACCCCUCUGGUGCCUCCCUUAAGUACACGCUGCUAUCCCCAAUCAAUAACUAAAAGCAUUGAAGUAAUGGAGUACACUUGACCUGCCCUCGGCCAUUCAAUUUGUCUCUUUACAUUUAAUAUCAGUCUAUAGGACAGUGUCUUGUCAAUGGAGGGACGAUUUCCUGGUCAGACUUGGAUGGACAGAUAGACAGGCAGGCAGGUAGGCAUGUGGACAAAUAUUGUAGAUGCUGUAACAAAUGCCAUCUGGAUAAACCAAACAUACCAACCAAGACAGGAACAACAAACAUAAUUAUCUUGGUAUGUUGUUGUUGUUCUGUGAAGGCAUCUGUUAUAGUAUCUAAUAGGUGUCUGUCCGGCUGUCAUUUCUUUCUCUGUUUUUACUCUGCUCUAAGAAAGAGUGCAUUUGAUAUGGCACCCUAUUCCCUAUAUAGUGCACUACAUUUGACCAGAGCCCAAUGGGCCUGGUCAAAAUGUGUGCACUACAUAGGGAAUAGGGUGCAUCCUGGGAUGCAGGCAAAUACUCUGAGCGGAAUCUUUCCCUGACUGGAGUUUCUCACUUAUAGCAUACAUAUACACACACACAUUCACACUGUAAAACAAUCAUACAAACUACAACACAAGCUCACCCUUUGACACAUUCCCAAACACUAUCACACUGGUUACACACACACACACACAGCCCAUCUGAAAUUAGCCCACCCAACUACCUCAUCCCCAUAUUGUUAUUUAUUUUGCUCAUUUGCACCCCAGUAUCUCUAUUUGCACAUCAUCUCUUGCACAUCUAUCAUUCCAGUGUUAAUACUAAUUGUAAUUAUUUUUGCACUAUAGCCUAUUUAUUGCCUUACCUCCAUAACUUGCUACAUUUGCACACACUGUAUAUAUAUUUUCUGUUGUAUUUUUGACUUUAUGUUUUGUUUUACCCCAUAUGUAACUCUGUUGUUGUUUUUAUUGCACUGCUUUGCUUUAUCUUGGCCAGGUCGCAGUUGUAAAUGAGAACUUGUUCUCAACUGGCUUACCUGGUGAAAUAAAAAAAUUAAAUGAAAAAACAAACACACACACAAUCAAAGCUUAUUGACACACACACACUUAUCCAAGUCUCACUACAACCACAGCUUAUCCAAAAGUCCCUCUCUUGUAGCACUGCUUCUUACUGCACACUGACUUUCUCCCCAAGCCAUUGUAUGGUUAACAGACUCAUCAUUAAUGUAUGGAGCCCUUGUUUUCUGUGCCCCCCUUGAAAUAAAGUAAAGCAGUGUUAGAGGCCCGGUGCCCCCGCUGCAAGGGGCUUCAAUAAGGAACAUAACAUGCCCAGGAAAUGCCAGGCCAUGUUAGACAGGCACUUAACAGAAUCAACGUGCACUUUUAUGUUUGUUCUUAGGUAUUGGCGGCUAAGUAUUUUCUAUUAUGCAUGGCUGGUACUCGCACUUAAGGAAUUGUUCUUUAGCAAUAAUGUAAUGGGGCCUUGUAUUGUUUUAUGGAUGCUCAUCAUAAGGAUGUUUAAUGCACCAUGCCUUUGAUAAAGCCAUCAAGCAGUUAUGGUUAGUGAUAUGUUAUGAGGUAGGCAAGAGAAGAUACUGUAAAUCUGUUCCUAAUGGUCCUUUUGAAGUGCAUUGAAACUGGCCGUCCGGCAUCAUAUAGUAAUAGGGAGCAGACCACUAUUUCAAACAUGAUGAAGUUUCUCUCAGAUCUACAAUGGCUGUCUUUUGUCAUGACGGACAGACAAUGUAAACCUUGUCCAAGUUGCGCCACAAUGAUCACUGUGUCUGUAAAGCGCGACUUGUUUCGGUAACACUUUGUAUUGAAGUCCCUUAAUAAACCAUUUAUAAACAGUUUGUAAAGAGUUUACUUACCAUUGUUGAAUCAUUGUUCCUACAUUUAUAAAUGUCAAUAAUCUCUUAAGAGUCUUUUGAUUAUUUUUUAUUUUAGAAUCCCCAUUAGCUGUUGCUGAAGCACCAGUUACCCUUCCUGGGGACAACAUUUAUACAUUUUAUUUAUAAACACUAUUUAAUUAAACUGAUUUUUUUCAUCAGCAUGCUAGGCUAGCUUAUCUUCAGCAUAAGCUAGCCUAGCAUGCUGUCGAGAAAGGCAGUUUAAUUAAAAUAGAGUUUAUAAAUGCAGACAUGACUUUAGAGAUUGCUUAUUGACAUUUACAAAUGUAGGAAUAAUGAUUCAUAAAUGGUAAGUAAACUCUUUACAAACUGCUUAUAAAUUGUUUAUUAAGGGACCUUAAUAUAAAGUGUUACCAUUUCCGCUUUCAUACUCCAGGCCCUCCUUGUCAGCUCAAACAUUGUGCAAUCGCAGGACGUAAAUGGGCCAAGGCUGACUUUGAAGAGCCCCAUGUAGGCCAUUUUGGGGCUUGUUUGUGGAGGUGGGUUCCUGCUCUUCAACCGUGUUCUUUGUUUCUCUUUCUCUCUGCACAGACAUGUCUUCCAUAAGCUGUGUGUGGACCCCUGGCUGAAUGAGCACUGUACCUGCCCCAUGUGUAAACUGAACAUUCUCAAAGCUCUGGGAAUCAUGGUGAGUAUUAGUGUAGUCAAUAUCUCAAUGCCUUAUCAGUAGAAAUGUGUUGGAAGUCAGUUUGCCAAUGUUAUCCGGCAACGCCAGUACUCAUAAAGAAAAUUGUGAUCAACUUCACAAACGACUCUUGACCCAAAUAAUGAGAGGAAAAAGAUUGCCUUAAUAUAUUGUCAUUAUCUACAUUUACAUGUUUAUGUUGAUUAACAGUAGAAUACAACAAAACCUGUCUUGUGUUGUAGAUUAAGACAUUAUUUCCCCAGAUUGCCCUUCACAUGCUGCUCCACAUCAUUGUGACAGACCAUGUUCAUCCUGGGGCGCGUUCAGUAGGAUGCAACGUUUUGGAACGUUCAGAUAGAAAUAGGCUAUGUAGAACAAACAUGCCUCUCUGACAUGUAGAAUAAGGAAUCACAUCAGCUCUAUUCAUGGCAUUUCUAUCUGCAAUGUAAAAAAAUGUUUGGCAACUGAACAUGGCCCAGGCAAUUGCGUAACCAUCUGUUUAUGCCAGCUGUAUAUGACCUCAUCCAUAGUCCUAGUAUUCCCCCUGCUGGCAAUUUAUGGAACUAUUGCUCAGACACCAGAAACUAGUCAAACCAGGACUAAAGUGUUAUCAUCACAUCUGAUGAGCUGCUACAAGAGCUAUUUGCUCUGAAGUCAAGUGUUCAUGUUAAGGUCAUGGUCAAAAUCAGGGUCAGCGAUCAGAAUGUAGAAAAUCCCAGCUGUUACAAAAACGUACCAUGCCUCCGUUCUUUCUAGCAUGACCUAACAUUGGCCAAAGUUAAUACGACACAAAUUAGACUUUAACCACUAGCCAUAACAUUCCUCCAACCCUUGUGUUUAACCACUAGCCAUAACAUUCCUCCAACCCUUGUGUUUAACCACUAGCCAUAACAUUCCUCCAACCCUUGUGUUUAACCACUAGCUAUAACAUUCCUCCAACCCUUGUGUUUAACCACUAGCCAUAACAUUCCUCCAACCCUUGUGUUUAACCACUAGCCAUACCAUUCCUCAAACCCUUGCGUUUAACCACUAGCCAUAACAUUCCUCCAACCCUUGUGUCUAACCACUAGCCAUAACAUUCCUCUAACCCUUGUGUUUAACCACUAGCCAUAACAUUCCUCUAACCCUUGUAUUUAACCACUAGCCAUAACAUUCCUCUAACCCUUGUGUUUAACCACUAGCCAUAACAUUCCUCUAACCCUUGUAUUUAACCACUAGCCAUAACAUUCCUCUAACCCUUGUGUUUAACCACUAGCCAUAACAUUCCUCUAACCCUUGUCGUUACCCCCCUCCCCCCUUUAGCCUAACCUGCCGUGCGUGGACAACGUCGGCUUCGACAUGGACCAUAGGAUAGGGCGCAGCCAGACGAUGGCAAGCCAGCGGACGGCCCUGGUGGACCUGUCCAGUGAGACGUCCAUCAGCCUGGAGCCCCUGCAGCAAGGCCACCCCGGCACUGGACCCCAGAUCCCCUCAGAGAGCGGAGAGCUCACCCCCCGCACCGGAGAGAUCAACAUCUCCGUCACCAGUAAGUAGCUUCCACCUCGGACAUCCUUUCUUGUCUUCAACUUAAGUUUUGGUUUUAUUUCAAUUGACUUUAUUGAUAUGAAAGGUUACAUUCAGCAUUAUAAAAUCAGAGUUUCUCACAGUUUUAUUUGAUCCUUGCAAAUCAGGACGGCAGUUAGCCUAGUGGUUAGCGUGUUGGGCAAGUAACUGAAAGGUCGCUAGUUCAAAUCCCUGAGCUGGCAAGGUGAAAAGUCUGCCGAUAUGCCCUUGAGCAAGGCACUUCACUUAACACUAAUUGCUCCAGGGUCACCGUUGAUAAUGGCAGACCCUGGCCAUAACCCCACUCUCCGAGGGUGUCUCAGGGAGAGUUGGGAUAUGCAAAAAACAAAUGUCCAAUUCACACAUGUGUAUAAUACACACUUGUAUCUGUGUAAAAUGGGACAAAUAUAAACAUCCACCAAAUGUAUAUUAUUAUAAUUAUUAUGUAAGCUCUGUCUGAACAUAGGAAUAAAUCAAAUGUAGCCUUUUCAUAGUUUACAAACUUAGUAAAGGAAUUGACCUCUAAACAAUGAAAACAAAUUAUCUUGUUAUGCUAUUUAAAUUAGGUAAGGCAAAACUCUAAACUAAAGGCAAAAUAAUAAUUGUUUUAAACUAAAUAGCUGAAGUACCAAAGGAUUAACUGGAGCUGCAGACCCUAUUGACUUGACAUACACACGCACACUCACUCACACACACUCACACUCACUCAAAAGAUAUAUCAUAAAUCCCUCCAUACCCCUUUACCCCUCCCUUCACUAAAAGUGAGAUUAGGGGUGUUCUGUUCUGUCAGCAAAAAUACUACCACUUUUAAAAGGAUCACACCGACAACCUCUCUCUCUCUCUCUCUCUCUCUUUCUCUGUCUCUCUUUGUCCUUGUGAGUUUGCAAUCCUCUACAAUGACUCUGCAUUUAGAUUUCAGUCUCCUUUCACACUUUCCCUUGACCUUGGACACACACACACCCCCCAGAGACUUGUCUCUUGUAAAUCACACUGCUUCUCCCCGCUGCCACUGUCUGUUUAAUCCAUAAUCCCUAUCCAACUCUGAUCCUAGCCCCAACCGUGAGAAGGCAAAAUGCACAACUGACCUAAGAUGACCUCUUGAACCACUCUCUGUUUUACUGUGCAUAACUAUAUAUGAAGGGGAAAAAAGGUGAUUUCACAGCACUGCAGCAAAAAAAUAAGAACAUGCACUGCAGUUAUUAAGACAAUACUACUACUUGUUUACCAUUCUUUCACUUAUAGCUAGUAAUUGUAAUUCAGUAAUGCAUACAGCAAUUUGAAUGAAUAGCUAAUCCGUGUGAAUAGUUCCAAAUCGGAAUAAUAGUUGAAUAAUAGUGAAUAAGAGUUGUUAGAUAACUCUUGGUACCUAAACCUGUUUCAGGAUAGGCCUACUUCCAUAAAUUAAUUGAAGCCUUUCUUAUAUAAAUCCACCCAAUUUCUGCUGUUUGAUCAUGUGGCCCAGGUUCCUCUCAUUUCUGGUAAACCUCAAAGGGCUCCUAUAGUGUACGGCCUGCUCUCUUUCAAUGUGGACUGUUUUACUUGACUUUGCUAAAUUUAAAGAGACUGCACGUUAAGUCAGUGCUAUAAAUGCAGUAUAGAUGGACCUAGAUGUGCCUCGGUUUCUCUUUUUGUCGCCGUUGGUGUGUGCUGUGUGGAUGCGUGUGCUAUGUGGAUGCGUGUGCUGUGUGGAUGUGUUUGUGAGUCUUUUUUUGCUUUUGUGUGUGUGCUUGUGUGUGUGUGCGUGCGUUGAGGUCAUGCUUGUGUGUCUGUGUGUGCAUACCACUGUCUUUACGCUAUGCCCAUGCUUCCAGGUCUUUCUCUCCUGUCUUCAAGCUUGUCCUGGUGAAUGUCUCUCCUUUCUCCUGCCUCUGUCCGUGUGGCUCUCCUCUUCUGGAUAUUUAUCUGGAUCUUAAGGACGUCUUCUCUUCAUCUCCUCGUCUCUUCGUUUUCCUGACUUUACUGCUGGUUUUCAAAGAGAAUAAAGAUAUUUUGUGUAUUCCUGUUUGGCCUCGUCGGUUUUUAACCCAAUGCAUGUUGGGCUGCAGUGACCCCCCCCCCCCCCCCCCCCCCCUUUCCUUUUAUUGACAGAGGAGUGGUUUAUAAUCGGCAGCUUCGGCCUUCUCAGCACUCUCACACUGUGCUUCAUGAUCAUCAAGGCCACAGCCAGCUUCUCCAGCCCUGAGUGAGUACCACCGUACACUUCCAGAAUUAAAUAAAUUCAAUGUUUCUACUCCUUAGUUACAUUUCAAUCAAGAUUUGGUUUCAUGUGGUCCUGAACUGUGGAUAGUCCAGAAGACUAUUGAUAAAGCUUGAGUCAUAGAUUAUUGUUGUCUAUUUAAUUUCUACUUAACUAAGCCAGAAUUCAGUCCUAUACUUCUUGAUUUGUGGAUAUUGGAAAAUUGGCUCAACUCAGACUACUUUGAACCAUUGCCAAGACAAUGGAGUUUGGAUACAGACCAGACAGAUGCAAAACAAUCUGAGACUAUUAUUCAGAUGUGGCAAACUUCCAUUUCCAUUAAUUUACUAAACUUGGAUCGCAGCAAACAACAAUCGAAAUAGUUUAACAGCACAAUUGUCUCAUACUGUACAGUAUAUGUGUACUGAAGUCAAGUACAGUUGACAUGGGUACUGGCAUGUAUCUGAUACAGAGAGAGUUUGAAAAGUAAUGAAACUAACAGGGCUACUGUAUAAAGUUACACGGAAGCCUCCAUCCAUCCCCACUCAGACAAACUGCUAAGUGCCUUACACAAGAGAACAUCAUGGUUUAAAAGAUUACAAGUAUUUUUUAUGUUCAGAUCAAUUACAUUCCCCUUCUCUGUUCCUACGUGCCUUUUAAUGCUCUGUUUUUCUUCUGCUACGUUCUUUUCUAAACAUCAUUAAUUUCCUCUUCCUUCUCUUCCAGCCUGGAGUGGGAGGAGUGAAGAUUAUCACCAUAUUGCCCCUCUAGACGCUUUCUCUGCCGGAGCCUCAUGGCAAUGUUGCCUUCUUUUGCCAUAUGUUUCUGUAUUGCAUUUGGAAACUUUUACUACUGUACUGGCUGAACCUGGCUGUAUUGUUUUUAGUGGUUGUAAUAGGGCAAAGCGCUUUGAGACAUUAAACCAUCCCUCCUUUUUACUUGUACUUUGAUUUAUAUUCUCUUUUGUAAUCAAUACCCUGUGUGUGUGUGUGUGUGUGUGUGUGUGUGUGUGGGGCGGCAGGUAGCUUAGUGGUUAAGAGCAUUGUGCCAGUGACCGAAAGGUCGCUGGUUCUAAUCCCCAGGCCGACUAGGUGAAAAAUCUGUCUACGUGCCCUUGAGCAAGGCACUUAACCCUAAUGGCUCCUGUAAUUCGCUCUGGAUAAGAGCGUCUGCUAAAUGACGUAAAUGUGUGUGUUUCUAUAUUUAAUGAAAGACAGAAUAAUUAUUGUGCUCCCAAACCAGACACAUCUCGCUACAGAAGGUUGAAGUCUCAUGUUCUUCUUUGCUCAUCCAUGACCUUAACUUGAAAAUACACUAAGAAUACAAAACAUUAGGAACACCUGCUCUUUCCAUGAUAGACUGACCAGGUGAAUCCAGGUGAAAGCUAUGAUCCCUUAUUGAUGUCACUUGUUAAAUCCACUUCAGUCAGUGUAGAUGAAAGGGAGGAGACAGGUUAAAUAAUUAUUUUUAAGCCUUGAGACAAUUGAGACAUGGAUUUAAGUGCCUUUGAACAGGGUAUGGUAGGUAGUAGGUGCCAGGCACACCGGUUUGUAUCAAGAACUGCAACGCUCAACAGUUUCCUGUGUGUGUCAGGAAUAGUCCACCACCCAAAGGACAUCCAGCCAACUUGACACAACUGUGGGAAGCAUUGGAGUGGGCCAGCAUCCUUGUAGAAUGCUUUCGACACCUUGUAGAGUCUAUGCCCCGACGAAUUGAGGCUGUUCUGGGGGCAAAAGGCGGGGGAGGGUGUAACUCAAUGUAAGGAAGGUGUUCCUAAUGUUUGGUAUACUCAGUGUAUUUGUCCGUGAUGCAACACUAUCCCCAGUAGGUGGCACUAUUUCUUAGCGAUACAGUACAGGUCUAGCCUCCCACAUCCAGAAUGGUGUCAGGUCACAACCUCCACAAAACUCUGCUUAGCUCUUAUUCAGGCUGGCCUGAAUGAUAUUGAUGAUUUUUAUGAUUCAAAGGGUGGUCUGGGUGAUCUUCCAUGUAUCACUCUCUUGACUUGAGGUUGUAUAGUGUCGUGGAAAUUUUACACAGGGACACUCGAAGUCAAUCUUAAAUGAAUAAUUAUAUAUUAUCAGCGUGCUGGAGAGGUUCCAACCAAUUCAAUGUACCAAGUACAUAUGUCGAUCAGGAGCUCCACCCGGGGACCCCAUAACACAUAUGGAAGAAAGUGUAAAACAAAUCAAAAUAUAUUUUAUAUUUGAGAUUCUUCAAAGUAGCCACCCUUUGCCUUGAUGACAGCUUUGCACACUCUUGGCAUUCUCUCAACCAGCUUCACGAGGUAGUCACCUGGAAUGCAUUUCAAUUAACAGGUGUGCCUUGUUAAAAGUUAAUUUGUGGAAUUUCUUUCCUUAAUGCAUUUGAGCCAAUCACUUGUGUUGUGACAAGGUAGGGGUGGUAUACAGAAGAUAUUCCAUAUUAUAGCAAGAACAGCUCAAAUAAGCAAAGAUAAACGACAGUCCAUCAUUACUUUAAGACAUGAAGGUCAGUCAAUCCGGAAAAUGUCAAGAACUUUGAACGUUUCUUCAAGUGCAGUCGCAAAAACCAUCAAGCGCAAUGAUGAAACUGGCUCUCAUGAGGACCGCCACAGAAAAGGAAUACCCAGAGUUACCUCUGCUGUAGAGGAUAAGUUCAUUAGAGUUAACUGCACCUCAGAUUGCAGCCCAAAUAAAUGCUUCACAGAGUUCAAGUAACAGUCCCAUCUCAACAUCAACUGUUCAGAGGAGACUGCGUGAAUCUGGCCUUCAUGGUCGAAUUGCUGCAAAGAAACCACUACUAAAGGACACCAAUGAGAAGAAGAGACUUGCUUGGGCCAAGAAACAUGAGCAAUGGACAUUAGACCGGUGGAAAUCUGUCCUUUGGUCUGAUGAGUCCAAAUUUGAGAUAUUUGGUUCCAACCGCGUGUCUUUGUGAGACGCAGAGUAGGUGAACGGAUAAUCUCUGCAUAUGUAGUUCCAACCGUGAAGCAUGGAGGAGGAGGUGUGAUGGUGUGGGGGUGCUUUGCUGGUGACACUGUCAGUGAUUUAUUUAGAAUUCAAGGCACACUUAACCAGCAUGGCUACCAUAGCGUUCUGCAGCGAUACGCCAUCCCAUCUGGUUUGUGCUUAAUGGGACUAUCAUUUGUUUUUCAACAGGACAAUGACCCAAAACACACCUCCAGGCUGUGUAAGGGCUAUUUGACCAUGAAGGAGAGUGAUGGAGUGCUGCAUCAGAUGACCUGGCCUCCACAAUCACACGACCUCAACCUAGUUGAGAUGGUUUGGGAUGAGUUGGACCGCAGAGUGAAGGAAAAGCAGCCAACAAGUGCUCAGCAUAUUUGGGAACUCCUUCAAGACUGUUGGAAAAGCAUUCCUCAUGAAUCUGGUUGAGAGAAUGCCAAGCGUGUGCAAAGCUGUCAUCAAGGCAAAGGGCAGCUACUUUGAAGAAUCUAAAAUCUUAAAUAUAUUUUGAUUUGUUUAACACUUUUUUUGGUGUUAAACAAUUCCAUAUGUGUUAUUUCAUAGUUUUGAUGACUAUUAUUCUACAAUUUUAAAAUAAAGUAAAACCCUGUAUUGAGUAGGUGUGUCCAAACUUUUGACUGGUACUGUAUAUUUGCAUGAUUUAGCUUAUUCAUCAUUCAUAAUUAAUUCAUCAUUAGCGUUUGUUUAUUCAUGUACCCGACCAAUAUUGGGUCAUGCAUGUGACAGACUAAUACCUCAUGAGGCUUCUUCUCUCUAAGCUGGUGGUCCUCUGUAGCUCAGCUGGUAGAGCACGGCGCUUGUAACGCCAAGGUAGUGGGUUCGAUCCCCGGGACCACCCAUACACAAAAAAAUGUAUGCACGCAUGACUGUAAGUCGCUUUGGAUAAAAGCGUCUGCUAAAUGGCAUAUUAUUAUUAUUAUUAUUAUAUUAAGCUGAGACCUUGAAACUGAGGUAUUCCUUUCUCAAAACAAGGUUCUGGGCGUACUGCCAAAUUGCAGAUACUGAUCGUGAGGAUUCGUUCAGUCAGUCACUUGCAUGAACACAUAAAUUGGUUAUUAGAAAAGCACAUGAAUAGAACACAGAAGUUGGUUAUUAGAAAAGCACAAACAUAACAUUUUCCAUCACAUUCCAUCCUCUUAUCACAUUCUAAGGUAAGCAUUAGAUUUGAGCUUCUAUAUCAAAAUACAUCAUUAUAAGAAAUCAUAAUAAAGGUUAUACUUCUAAUUUAUUAACAGGAGUUAAUCUAAUUUCAUUAGUAAUAAAGCUACAAUCUACUAUCAAAGUAGUAAGUAAUAUGUCAACAAAAUCAACGCAUAAAACCACAGACACUUUCAAACCCUUCAUUCUGGGUUGUACUUGUAAAAACAUUGCACUAGAACGUUUUAACUUAAGACCUUCACUUCAUACAGUUACACAUAUGCUUCAUUACACAAUUUCAUUUAUGGAUUCUGGCAAUUACAUUUAAGCUGGAGCUUUUGUUGCGAGUGGCUUGUUAAUGACCGAUUGGUAUCGCAAUGCAUUUCUAGUCUAAAGUACUGUACAUUUUGCAGUGUGCAGACCUCUACAAUCAACCUGAUACCCCAAAUAAUUUUUUUUGGAUAAGCCUAAAUUAAUUACGGGCACGGUUGACCACCCCCCUCCCUCCCGGCACUCAUUCUUCUGGCGUUUCAGUUCGUCUUCCCAAUGGCACAUGUUCAAAGUGGAUGGCCCUUGACAAAGUCUCUCACCUGAGCCGCCACUGUACUUUAUAGUCCAUUAUGUCUUGUCCAUUUUCCUACCAGUACACCAGCAGUAUGAGAGAAGUUUGGACGGGAUCUCUCUCCAUGCUCACUCCACAUGGACUCAUGUCGCACUCCUGAGAGAAAAGGCAUGAGAGAAAAGGCAGUUGAUAGCUUCGACUGGAUGCUGUGUACAGGUUGCUGGCUCGGACUCAGGUCUCACGGUAGAAGUGGUGAAGGGCCAUAGUGAAGCCAUUGUCGCAAUUACUUCAGACAUUUAGGGGGGGUUGAGGUUCACACUGUUCUUGGUCAUAUUAUCCUUUCCAUGCAUCUAGACACCAUCUGUGGUCACCUUCGCCAUAACCUCGAGAGAGGACAGACCAGAACAUAGUUUUGGGCAUUUCUGAUUCAGGAAAUCCAGACAAAAUAUUCACUGUAUGACAAAUGACAAAAUAUUCACUGUAUGACAAAUUACUACUACUACUACUACCAAUAUUGUUAAUACAGAUUUCUAAGACAAAUGUCAAAAAGAAUAACAACACACAGUUGAAACCAUUUUAUUUGUAUUUAUUUUUGGCUUAUACUCCCCUAUCAUCUUGGCGAUCUCACUGCAGUUACAGGAUCAGGGAGUCAGAGGGCUAAUCCUUAUGGAGAAAUCCCGACCAUCCAGCAGACCCAAUCUUGUGAGAUUUGUUAUUGAAGCAAGACAAAAACAAACAAAACAAAACAAUAACAGCAAUACACAUAUAUCACUCAAUGUGGGAAAACUUCAAUCCAUUUGGAGUAACUGGCAGCCAUUACCAACAUAUAUUUUUCCUUUUACAGGCAGGCAUGUGAAGAAAAUCAAUUUGCAUAUUUACCAAAGGGCCCCAGGGGACCGGUAAUUCCCAAAAAAACUACAACAUUUACAUUUACAUUUACAUUUUAGUCAUUUAGCAGACACUCAUAUCCAGAGCGACUUACAGUUUUAGUGAGUGCAUACAUUUUUCAUACUGGGUAGCACUGCCUGUUAAAUCAAAAUAACUAAUACAAUUAGAAUUACAACCAUUGAUGACUCCAUCUUAACUUAAUUGUAACCCAUAAGGUAAUGGUAAAAUAGACUAGAGACAGGUGUCCCUCAUUCAGGGGCAGCACUCUCUCUCUCUCUCCUUCUCUUGUUCCGAAUCACACAUAGGACUAUUGAUGAAUUAUAAACUUCUUGUAAUUAUUUAGUGUUUACAUAGACGAUUUAAAAUCUCACCCAAUGUCUCUAGUCUUUCUAGUGAGGGUAAUCAGGCCUCACCAGGAAGUCAGAACAGAGCUCAGAGGUUCAACCCCAUUGAGUGUUUUUUCCCUGUACCUCAGACAUUAUUUAAAGAUAUUUGAAACAUUUUGUGUAUCAGGUUUACAUUGGGUUUUUCAGCACAUUUCUUAUUAAGGUGGGUUGUGUGUGGGUACUGGCGUGUGUGUGGUAAAAAUUGCAGGGUAAAAACAAACAAAAUGGCCAGGCCUUACUUAAUUUGGUAGCUCCUAUUAACAGCUGGAUCAGGGUACGAAUAUACUGUAUAGUACACCGUUUCAAUAACAAGCCUUUCAAAGGGAGAUAUACAGAAUCAUUGAUUUUUUUUUUUUUUUUUUUACUUGGUAGCGGACAUUCCAUCAGUCCUGGAAGAAAGAAAAUAAACUUAAUCGAGUUUAAUGCUCUUGUAAUCAUUGUCAUUUUGACCUGUUGCAUUGACAUACAGUUCUGUACAAACUGUCCCUGGGACAUAAACUAGUCAAAAUAUGAAACCUGUUGCUUAACAAAUCUGUUAGGACCAUCAAAAAGUUGGUGCCGCCUUAUCAACUCAAUAUUCAGUACUAAAAACAUUUACUUGGAUCUACUUCAAUUCUGGACGCAGUUCCACAUAAUGGAAACAGAUUGUUUUAGAUUUAGACGUUACCUUCUUACUUAAAUCACUGGUGCUACCCAAACUAUAGAAUUGAGUAAUAAUAAUUGGAAAUUGUCAAAAAACGUGUCAUUUAAAUUAUUCUUACAUCUGUCCCAAAUGUCCCUACUGUGUCCCUUCCAGCCUGUUUUUUGUUCAGUGAGCACUGGCGACUAUCUAUUGUUCCACAGAAAGCUUAUCUCUAACCCAAACACCAGAUGGCGGGAUCUAAUUUAAUAUCAGUACCAAUGCUCAAUCCCUCUGUUCGUCAUGUGACCUUGUAUUAUAGCAUUUACAGUGGGGGGAAAAAAGUAUUUAGUCAGCCACCAAUUGUGAAAGUUCUCCCACUUAAAAAGAUGAGAGUGGCCUGUAAUUUUCAUCAUAGGUACACGUCAACUAUGACAGACAAAUUGAGAAAGAAAAAUACAGAAAAUCACAUUGUAGGAUUUUUAAUGAAUUUAUUUGCAAAUUAUGGUGGAAAAUAAGUAUUUGGUCACCUACAAACAAGCAAGAUUUCUGGCUCUCACAGACCUGUAACUUCUUCUUUAAGAGGCUCCUCUGUCCUCCACUCGUUACCUGUAUUAAUGGCACCUGUUUGAACUUGUUAUCAGUAUAAAAGACACAUGUCCACAACCUCAAACAGUCACACUCCAAACUCCACUAUGGCCAAGACCAAAGAGCUGUCAAAGGACACCAGAAACAACAUUGUAGACCUGCACCAGGCUGGGAAGACUGAAUCUGCAAUAGUUAAGCAGCUUGGUUUGAAGAAAUCAACUGUGGGAGCAAUUAUUAGGAAAUGGAAGACAUACAAGACCACUGAUAAUCUCCCUCGAUCUGGGGCUCCACGCAAGAUCUCACCCCUGUGGGGUCAAAAUGAUCACAAGAACGGUGAGCAAAAAUCCCAGAACCACACGGGGGGACCUAGUGAAUGACCUGCAGAGAGCUGGGACCAAAGUAACAAAGCCUACCAUCAGUAACACACUACGCCGCCAGGGACUCAAAUCCUGCAGUGCAAGACGUGUCCCCCUGCUUAAGCCAGUACAUGUCCAGGCCCGUCUGAAGUUUGCUAGAGUGCAUUUGGAUGAUCCAGAAGAGGAUUGGGAGAAUGUCAUAUGGUCAGAUGAAACCAAAAUAUAACUUUUUGGUAAAAACUCAACUCGUCAUGUUUGGAGGACAAAAAUGCUGAGUUGCAUCCAAAGAACACCAUACCUACUGUGAAGCAUGGGGGUGGAAACAUCAUGCUUUGGGGCUGUUUUUCUGCAAAGGGACCAGGACGACUGAUCCGUGUAAAGGAAAGAAUGAAUGGGGCCAUGUAUCGUGAGAUUUUGAGUGAAAACCUCCUUCCAUCAGCAAGGGCAUUGAAGAUGAAACGUGGCUGGGUCUUUCAGCAUGACAAUGAUCCCAAACACACCACCCGGGCAACAAAGGAGUGGCUUCGUAAGAAGCAUUUCAAGGUCCUGGAGUGGCCUAGCCAGUCUCCAGAUCUCAACCCCAUAGAAAAUCUUUGGAGGGAGUUGAAAGUUCGUGUUGCCCAGCGACAGCCCCAAAACAUCACUGCUCUAGAGGAGAUCUGCAUGGAGGAAUGGGCCAAAAUACCAGCAGCAGUGUGUGAAAACCUUGUGAAGACUUACAGAAAACGUUUGACUUGUGUCAUUGCCAACAAAGGGUAUAUAACAAAGUAUUGAGAAACUUUUGUUAUUGACCAAAUACUUAUUUUCCACCAUAAUAAAUAAAUUAAUAAAAAAUCCUACAAUGUGAUUUUCUGGAUUUUUCUUUCUCAUUUUGUCUGUCAUAGUUGACGUGUACCUAUGAUGAAAAUUGCAGGCCUCUCUCAUCUUUUUAAGUGGGAGAACAUGCACAAUUGGUGGCUGACUAAAUACUUUUUUCCCCACUGUACCUCUUGAAAUUACUAAGAUAUUGCAUUAUUAAAGUGCUAUCUGAAAGCCACUAACAUUAGCAUUCAGGCAGAAUCAAUCAUCCUGUUCGUUGACGCCAAAUUGCCAUGGAAGUUCUACACAGGGACACUCGAAAUAAAUCUUAAAUUAAUCAUGCUUUAUUAUCAGCGCGCUUGAGAGGUUUCCAACCAACUCAAUGCACCAAGUACACUUGUCGAUCAGGAGCUCCACCCGGGGCAGUCCCGUUAGUUCUCUUAUAGACAGACAAGUUAUAUUUGCAUGAUUUAGCUUAUUCAUCAUUCAUAAUUAAUUCAUCAUUAAUGUUUGCUUCAUUCAUGUGACCGACCAAUAACACCUCACAAGGCUUCUUCUCUCUAAGGUGAGACCUUGAAACUGAGAUAUCCCUUUCUCAAAACAAGGUUCUGGAUGUACUGCCAAAUUGCAGAUACUGAUCGUGAUGGUUCGUUCAAUCAGUCACUUACAUGAACACAUACAUUGGUUAUUAGAAAAUCACAUGAAUAGAACACAGAAAUUGGUUAUUAGAAAAGUACAAACAUAAAAUGUUCCAUCACAAUAUCAUGUUGAGGAUCAUUGAAGAUUCACAAUGAGCAAUUCCACAGUAACAGAAUGAUGCAGAGACUCUUUUCCACUUUAAAAUGUAUGCCAAAUAAAAACCAAUGUUUGCAGAGUUAAACAAACCAUACAACUCCAUGCACAAUGAUGACUUUUAGCACUUUUUCCCCCCAAAAAGACAUACAUAAACAUUUACUUGAAGAACAGUGCAGAUGUUAAGUUUGGUAACAGAAUGAUGGCACCAACAGCACAAACGGUAAUUCUGUUACCAAACUUUGCAUCCGCACUAUUCUUCAAGUAAAUGUGUUUUUGUAAAAUGUUCAGUGGAAAUUGUAAAAAGUAGUCUUUGUUCAUAGAGAUGCAUGGUUUGUUUAACUUUGCAAUCACUGAUUUUUGUUUUGGCAUACGUUUAAAGUGGAACAUCUGAGUCACAGCAUCAUUCUGUUAUGAUGGAAUUGCCUCAAUGUCACUGUUCAGUUUGACCUCACCCACGGUCACACUAUUACUCAACUGUGAAUUCCAUGAUGGUGUCCAAUCCCAGUGUCUCCUGCAAUAACGUUUACAGAUGCCAAGACAAAAUGAUAAAGUAUAAAUAAUACCUUUUCUUUGUUUAUGGUGCUAGGCAUCAGCUUUUCUAGAUAGGUAUCUUACUGGCAAAUGUCAUGUUUCUUGGUGUCACUGACAUUGACAUCUUCCCAUGUUUCUUUGCAGGUGGCCACUUCUUUAACCGGAACUCCCUGUCCCCACGCAGUGUGGUCUGUGAGAUGGAGCUACCUGACACCCAGGCAUCGCUCGACCGCUACGAUGACAAG